AUGGUAACAAGGAUUACUUCAGCAGCAGUUGUGAUUGUGUAUCUUGUAAUCCGGGAUAUCUUGUUCUUCUCCUCUAAAUCAUCCUGCUCAGCUCCUCAUCAAGAUGAUAUUGAUCAUCAUCAUGAACAAGUUUCUUUCACUGGUAUAUUUUACCAUAUUUUGACCUUUACAAAACCUAGUUAUUUGUUCAUAUUUUUCAUCUUUAACAUCCUUCUGGUUGGUGUCCUUUUGGGAAUUUCUUCUCAUCUUUCUGUGUCAUCAGAAAACAGAGAAGAACUGUCCAUCUCUUCGUUCAUUGAUUCAUACGAAGGUCAAAAAAGUGUUAAAGAAGAGAAAGAUGAAGACAACAAUAUUAAGCAACUGGAGUACUUCUACAAGGACUAUUUCAUCCGGCCUGGAGUAGUUUAUGUUGACUAUGAAGAAGAAGAAGAAGAACAAUCCCAUCAAGAAAGUGGUUUCGAUUUCGACUUCAAGAAUGAUUUGUUCAACAACACAGAAGAAGUAGUUUUUGGUCUUCCUUAUUAUGGUUAUGGUGAUUUUUAUGAUCAUGAUUAUCAUCAAGAAGGGUACAACGAAGAAUUUGUCCCAAAAAUAGUGCACGUUGAAUAUUACAAGAAAGGAUUAAUAGAAGGAGUCGAAGGCCGGAGCCGCGGCGUCUUUCUUGAUGAUGGUUGUAAAAAGAAGGAUGAUCAUGGAGCAAAAGAUGAGUUUUUGAUUGGUGAGUUCGAGGAGUAUUGGAAUUAUGAAUAUGAUGGUGAGGAGGAGGAGGAGGAGGAGUACGGUGGUUAUGAAGAUUUAGAUGAUAUUGAUGAUUUCAACAAGAGGAUUGAACAAUUUAUUGAUGAGAAUACCAAGAAAUGGAGGGAGGAACUCCAGAGUGACAUGUUGUUGUUAGAUUGGGAAAGGCCAUCUCUGAAGCUCUUCUCCAGGUUAGCCAAGAUGUUUCCUUUCAUCAUGUUGGCAACAGGAUUAAACAAUGAGAGUAUGGAAAUUGUCGAUCAUUAUUUGCUGAAACACGAGAUGGUGACACCAGAAAAGAUUAAUCUGAGAGCUGGAAAUCAUUCAUGGAUUAUCGAUGUAUCGGAUUCCGAAGGACAUUUGGUCCUUUUCUCUGGUAAUGGUUGGAAAGCUUUUGUUCAACAAAGCAAACUAGCUAUGCUAGAUGUAAUCCUCUUUAAGUCCAAGACACCCCAAGAAAUCGAAGUUUCUGUAUUCGACCGGCAUUCGCGAUUGCUGAAAUUCCCAUGUAACAAUGUUCAACCAGGAGGUGCUGCUGAUUUUUGUAUGAAGUUGUCUGAUGGCUAUGAGCUAGUAAGCGAACUUCCUGGGAACAUAAAGGUGGCAGGCACUAAUGGAAGUAUGUGUAAAGUGUGCCUCAAAACAUGGAGGGGAGAGUUCAAAGCAAAUCUGAAGAAAUGCAAUCAGGGAGGAAGCUUUUUUGUUGGUUCUGGUUGGGAAAAGUUUUGUCAAGAGCACCAGAUUGAUGUGACUAGUCUUUUAGUCGUUCGCGAAAGCGAGAGGUUUAAGUUCGACAUUAUCGCUUGCAAGAUGUUAGAAUGCAGUGGCUACUCAGUAUGGGUGGAAAGGUUCAUAGGGGAAUAUCCAAUUGCUGCAGUUCCUUCCCAAAUGCAUCAAAAUGUCAAGAAAAGACCAGGUGCUUCUUCUGCAAGAGGAGGCAUCAGAAGAGAUGAUAUCCAGUUUGAACUUAUAAUUCAGAAGUACCACGAUCGCAAUUACAUGACUGUUCCAUCUUACUUCAUGAAUCUGUUCGACUUGCGCAAGAAGAGAAGAGCGAUCAUGUGCACAGAUAAAGGCAGAUUUGAGAUGGAGAUCAAGAAUUUUCCGAAUAUCAGGUUGGAACAGACUAAGCAUGUGGUGCUGCGCAACGGUUGGUGGAACUUCUAUAAGGUGAAUCGGCUGAAAGAAGGCUCAAUGUGCGUAUUCAAGCUGAACAAAUGCGAUGAGGAGAAUACUUCUUCGACAUGUGUGAUGGAUGUUGCGAUAUUUAGGCCCUGA